UCUAGCAAAGCCUGAAGUCGUUCAUCUUCAUGUACAUAUGCCAACAGAUCUACUGGGGAAACCUACUAUGUAGAGAGGAAGACAGUGGAGGACGUCAAUGCAAAUCAAUUUAGGAAUGCUAACAUAACCUUGAAUUUGCAUUCCACUAACCUAACGACCCUAGAGUGUACAAAGCCGAUCCAGUCAGUAUAUUGAUAUUGAUAGUCUCACAACGCAGUUGCAAUGGCCAACCAAUACGAAUCAGCUGCAGACAGCAGGCUCCAAGCUGUAGUGAUUGCCAACCUGCAAUCGAAGAGCAGCGCUAGGGCAUUUGAAAUAGUCAGGUCAAAUCCAAGCGGAUGGAAUAGCAGAGUGGACACUGAUACAAGAGAUGAAGUUGACGGAAGAGAUGCAGCAGAUGGCGAAGAUAAAUCAGACGUCGACGAUGAUCAAGCUCACGAUUGCAGCGAGGAGUCUGUCAAAAAGAUAUCAAGAUACCUAUUCAGUCUGGUCGACUCGUGGAUAAGGAUAGCAAGCAAGCUGCUAAAGCCAGAGGAAUCUAGUACAUCAUUCGACAAAGCUAGCUCAGUUGACAAGUCUGGUGAUCCUUCAGAAAAACUUGAAAAGAUGAAGAAAAAAAAAGUUGUUUGUGAGCGCAAGUUGAAAGAACUAUUUGCUGAGGCGCGUCCAUCAACAAGGCGAAAACUCGAGGCCGUGCUCCAAGAGACAAACAGUUGUAAACAGACAGUACUUCAUUUGUCGUUUCUACAUCGCAUGCCAAAUGAGCUCAUUCUUUUGAUUGUCGACCUCAUGAAAUUGAAGGAUAUCAAUACACAAGACGCAAAUGAGCGCUAUGCAAUUGACUAUCUGUUCGACUGGCAUUGGGACACGAUUGAUUUCAAUUUGCUAGAAGAGCUACUUGACAGUAUCAACUCUAAAUGCCGAACCAAGAACGAAGAGUGCAAAGCAAUCAAGGCGUCCCUUCUUCAUCUCUGCCGUAGAACGGUUGACGGUGAUCGAUAUUUACAUCGCGUGAAAAACCAACUUUCUCCGAAUUGUUUUCCCGAAUGUUUGGAGGAAGCAGUCAAACGAGGAUCUUGCGAGACAGUCAAAUUGCUUGUAAACAUGGGUGCUGAGCUAAGAAAAGACGGCACAAGACCUCUCCUUCACGACGCUGCCAAUUCCAAACACGACAGCUUAGAAAAAGUCAAAUUUCUUGUGUCCAGGGGUGUUGAUGUGUCUCAGACUAACGGUGCUGGAUGCACGUUGCUGCAUGUUGCUGCUGCAAGCAAGCCUCCUCAACUAAGAUUGAUCGAAUUUUUACUAAGCAAAGAUGUCUAUAUUGAUCAAACAGACAGGAAAGGUGAUACAGCGCUGCACAAGGUUGUUAAAAACUAUGCAGAGAGGACAAUUCCUUGGGAAGCAAGUGAAAAGGCUAUGAAAGUUCUGCUAACAAAGAGUAGUUCAAAUGUCGCCAACAAACAAGGAUUCACACCUUUUAGACUUCUGAUGACAUCAAGAAUGGAUGUGCCUUCUCAGUUACUCUUAAAAUGGCUCUCUGUUGACAGACCAUGCUUUGCUCCAGCUAAUCAGAGAGAGUAUGAAAAGUCGUCAUUAGCAGAAUUAUGCAGAAGACGCAAUGGUCACUCUCUUUUCAACGAUUUGAGGCGAUUCAUUAGUGAUCAGACUAUCAAAGCAUGCUAUUUCUUUAUGCUGAAGUCAGCUGUCGAAGACGGUUCAGCAGAAAUGGUAAAGGUAAUACUUGCAAUCGACAAGAAGAGCCACAGUGAGAGCCUCGAGCUUCUUCGAUGGAACUAUUUGCUUAGGACUGCAGCUACAUCCAAAGUUGAAGGUGCUACAAAACUUGAACAUCUGCGUCAAUGCUCUACAAGAGAGUUACCCAAAGAUUUCCUGCACGCAGUUGCUCGGUCAGAAACAUUUACAAAUGACCUUUUGCGUGCUUGUACAAAUAAACGCGAACUUGACAUCGAAUUGUACAAGUGGACAACUACGAAUGGAAACACUGCACUUCAUAUUGCUGCCAUGAGCAAACAUCAGUGCAGUGAGAUUCUUCUGCAAAGUUUGACGCCGAGAACACUAGAAGCCAAGGAAACUGUUACUAACAUAUAUCAAGAAACUGCGUUUAGUCUUGUAUUGAAAAACAACCAUUUAGAAAAGGAUCUCCGUAAGAAUAAAGUAAGAAUUCUACUACAGAAUGGUUACCAACCGACUGUGGAGGACCUAAGCAAUGGCUGUAUGCAUGACAAUGCGGAUGAUUUCAAGCUACUAUUCCUGUCUGGAGACAUAAUUGCCCAUAGCAAAGACCCUCUAAGAUUUCUUCUAGUUCUUGCACGUUAUUGUCAAGAGCGCUCUAGUAUAACGUCGUCCUCUCACCCGGAUUCCACAAUCGGCCAACUCGAAACAGAUGACUUGCUUUGUAAUGAACUAGAGUCUGGUGACAGUACAGCUCUACAACCUAAUGGUCACGCAACAUUAGAAGAUACUAUGACUACCGCUGAAACAUCAUUGCAGGAAGAUGGUUUAGCAAGUGCCGUAUCAUCUGAGAAACAACAGAUAUCAACUUGGACCUUUCUCAUCAGCAAGUUGGAGAUGGAGGCCAUUUUGAUAACUGCUGAGUUUGAAAAGUACAAACACAUUAUCAAUAAGCUAAUUAGUAGUGACGACAUUGCUGAUGCAGAAAGAGUUGGAUGGACUAAAUUUCUUGCUAGCAGCGACCUCAGUGAACUGGUAUUGCGAAAGUUCCACGGAGAAUUUAAAGAUGUAGACAACAAGAGCGAACUCCAACAAAAACAAGAAAAUUACAAAUGGAAACCCGGAAGAGUGACUCAAUCUACAUGGUACCACCUUCCUACGCUUGUGUUUUUGUUCUUGCUACAGUCGCUUUGUCUGCCAUAUUUUUGGCUAAAAUCUCUUGCUUGCUGCAGUAAGCAAAGUGACAAUUCUACAAGCCAAAGAAAAUGGUUGCUUCAAAGUCUUACAAUUGCACCAGCAAGAUAUCCUAUUGUAACGUUUUGCAGCGACAUGAUUGGGUAUUUCAUAUUCCUUGCAUUUGUGAUCACUCGCAUAGCUUACUACACUACCGAACCAAACCUCACGUGGAUCGAUUGGGUGAUCCUGUUGUACAUCACAGCAAUGAUUGCAGAAGAGAUAUACCAAAUAUCUAAUGAAGAGACAUCGUACUUGAACAUCACUAAUGUUAUAGACAUAUCCAUCAUUCUCCUCUUUUGCUGCUUCUUCAUCUUAAGAAUAGUGGGAUCUCCAGCAGACAAUUUGCUGAUGAUGCGCAUUUCAGAGCAUGUGUUUGCUGUAGCAGCAGGAGUUUCUUUCCUGCGAGUUCUGCAUUAUUCUCAAGUGAGCCGUAAACUCGGGCCAAUCCAAAUUUCCUUUAUAGAAAUAUCAGGAGAAGUUGUGUCAUUCGUCGUCAUUCUUGGAGUUAUAUUAGCUGCUUUCGCAAUUGCACUCUCUGGAUCCUACACUGCUGGGGCACAUACGGUUGACUUCAAGGAAGGAAAUGUUUCUGUACCAGACAAUUUUAAUGGGCUGUGGCCAUCUUUUGGACUGAUGUACUGGUCUUUGUAUGGUAAUAUAGCACAAUCUGAUCUUGCAGACGAACAAGAAGCACUCUUGCUCGAGAGAAGAGUGGGAGAAAUCAUAUUUGCGUUGUGGCUACUAGUGUCUGCUGUUGUUCUUCUCAACAUGCUCAUCGCUUUGAUCGAUGCUGCGUUUGACAGAGUAAAGACCGAAAAUGGAGACCUCGUAUGGAAUCUUGCGGUUACAAAUAUCAUUAGAAACAUAAAGCACUCACCGAGCUUCCCUCUUCCCCUCAACCUUGUUUAUCUCAUUACGUUGUUUGCUAUAGAAUUUCCUGUGCACGUACUGACGCACUGUUGGCAAAAACGGAAGAAGCAAGACCAGAAGCGAAAGCCAUUAGAGUUAGGUUCCACGUUUGAGUCCAUGAUGAGAUCUUACGCACGCCGAAGAGGUAAGAGUAGAAGUGACCAUACAAACAAAGACGAAAAAGAUAAACUGCAAGAAUCAGGCGACCCAAACGUACGAAAGUCAGACGAAAUGCAAUCAGAAUUUCGUUUCCAAGGAGAGCUUUCUAAACUGAUGAGAAGAGUUGAAAUGUAUCUUUGUCGUCUACAGAAGGCAGAAGAGGAUGAGAAAAAGCAAAGUAGAACCGAAGAAGACAAAUGUCACGCGAAGAGUAAAAGCGAUGUUUUAGAUAGUCCGUUCACUGAUAUAAAUGGUGAAAAAAGGAGAGUUCGAUGUGAAGGAGUGACCUAUGAUGCCGACCAAUCUAGUGCGUCAAGAAUUGGUGAAAAACAUGGUAUGGGAGGUUGUCAGUUUCUUGACAAACCGAUGUCAAAGAAAUUCAGAUAUUUUGAGGUGACCAUUGUCGAUUAUGGUCGAAUGGGUUGGAUCGGUGUGGGACUUGCUCAUCAGACUUACUCUCUAGAUAGAAUGCCUGGUUGGGAUGACGACUCUGUAGCAUAUCACUGUGACGAUGGCAAUUUGUAUCUAGAAAACGGGAAAGGAACAAGUCUGGCAUGUCCAGCUCAAGAAGGAGAUAUAAUAGGAUGUGGGGUUAGAUUAAACGCUACCACUCUAGACUUUGACUUGAAGCCUAUAGUGUUCUUUACUCGCAAUGGAGAAGAGAUAGGAAGUAAAGAGAUUUCAGGUGUUCCCAAUGGUGGUUUCUUUCCCACGAUAGGACUGGGCAGCGAAGGAGAGAAGGUUGUCGUGAACUUAGAUGUCGAAUGGAAGCCACGCAGUACAGGAGUAACACAUCUAACUUACGUUAAAAAUCCCAGAUGGAAGCGAGAUUGUAUUGAAUACAAUGAGCGCAACCACGUAGUAUCAUACACAUGUGGACAAGACGAAUGCAUAAAACGUGUUGGGGUCUUUCAAGAUCUGAGUCGUCCUAUGAAGGCAGAGUUCAAUUACUUUGAAGUACAGUUGGUUUGCAUGGGGCGCAAGAGGGCGAUAGGAAUUGGCAUCGCAAGCGCGACAUAUCCAUUGAAUACAAUGCCUGGACUCAAGAGUGGGUCAGCCGCAUUCCAUUGCGAUAAUGGAAACGUAUUUAUGGGUGUACCAGAAAAACAACCCUUAGUGUCCAAAUCCUUACCAGCCUCUCGUCACGAUGUCAUUGGAUGUGGCAUAGAAUAUGUACCCGGAAUCAGCGGAAAGGCUAACGUCUACUUUACACGUAAUCACGACUCACUGAUUGACAAAUUUGAACUGGACAUUCCGACUGGAGGCUUUUACCCAACCAUUGGUAUGAUGAGUUAUGGAGAAGAAGUAAAACUCAACUUUGACACGAUACCGCCACCACAAACAUUAAGCGUAAGAGGAUGUGCCGUAAAGUACCGGUCUGCGCGUGUUUACGUCCACGAAGACAUGAUUAAGUUUGUAGGUCACCCGGGCAGUACCGGUGUGUACCAAGAUGUCAGUCGCCAGAUUAGUCGAGAAUUCUCCUACUUUGAAGUGACACUGAAAGACUACGGACAGGAAGGUGCCGUCUCGAUUGGACUAGCCACAAGAGAGCAUAAUCUUAGCUAUAGACCCGGCAGUCUAAAAUCUGUAGCAUGGCAUGUUGAUGAUAAUCAUCUAUACAAUGGAAAUCAAUCCACUAGAAUACAAUGCGCACCAGUAAAUGAGCAAGAUGUAAUUGGCUGCGGAAUCGACUUUGCAAAGACUCAAAAAGAGUACAUAGCGAGUCGUCGCCACACCGGUAGUAGCGUUAACUAUUCAAAGUUUGUUGUGUUUUUUACUCACAACAGACGACGUAUCACUGACACGGUCGUACAAAUUCGAGGGGGUCUGUUUCCAACGGUGAGCAUGGAAUCUCCCGGAGAAGUAGUGCAGAUCGAUACGUCACCAGUCGUCGGUGAAUGGGAUGUUACAGCAAUCCGAAGCAUAGCACAAGAGUUAGCUAAUCAUGAAAGAGUCAGAAUCACCGGAGAUCGGAUUCACUUCGUCGACAACAUGUGGAACGAUGUGGGAGGUAUACAGCUCAAGACGAACAUGCGAGACCAAAAGUACUUUGAAGUUAAAAUCUUGAGCAAAGGAGAGCAAAGCACAAUAGGCAUUGGAAUGGCAAAGAAAGGCUAUCGUCUCGAUUGUCAGCCUGGCUGGCUUCAACACUCUAUCGCUUUCCACUGUGAUGACGGAUAUCUGCAUUACAACGGUUUAAACGAAGAAUUCUUUAACCCUCGCCAUAUCUCUGAAGACGAUACUAUCGGCUGUGGAAUAGACAAGAAAGCCGAGAAUACUAGAGGUUCGGUUACCGUCUAUUUUACUCACAAUGGCAAAGAGAUUGGCCAAAGAAAACUGUUGGAUAACAAUGCAGACGACCUCUAUCCUACAGUUGGCAUGCACAGUUCGGGUGAAACAAUCAAGAUCAUUUUAACAGCUCAGCGAGAGGAUGAUGAACAAGACACAGGAUUUUCUCGAUCAGAAAGAAUCUCUACAAAUAAGAACACACCAAAAUUGAUGUACAAAAAUGACGAUACACAUCGUCCUGGUGUCGUACAACUGGUAAACAGAGUUACUAAAGCUUUACCGUACUUUGAAGUAACUAUUGACAAUCUUGGCCAUGAAGGAGCCGUAGGAAUAGGCUUAGCACCGAAAGACUAUCGUCUUGACUGCAUGCCCGGAUGGCUUCCCGGUUCUGUUGGAUAUCACAGCGACGACGGGUGCUUGUUUGCAGGUACCGGAUUUGGCCGAAGAGUCUACGAAACGGGGUCACCAGGAGUGACCCUCGGAUGUGGUGUUGACUACAGCAGGAACAGGGAAAACGAGUGUGCCGUGUACUUUACUUACAACGGGCAACGUCAAGAACACGAAUCGACGCUUGCAUGUCCUAGAGAGGGAUUGUUUCCAACAAUUGGACUUCUCAAAGAGGGAGACGAAGUUACUUUUGCCAGGAGACAAGCUGGGAAACAGAAGGCUCUUCCAAGACGUGGUCAAAACAGAGUUGAGCCCGAAAUACCAUUAGCGUCACAACCAAUAAUCAGUCAAUAAAUGUUAAAUGUUUCUGUGACAGUGUCUUUGUUUUCAUGUUAAUGACUGUAGCAGGUUUGCUAGCGAGAGCAGCACAGUUUCUGCUAUAUAUUAGAUCUGCAUGCUCUUGUGGUAUUAUUAUCGGUUCUAACCACAUUGCUGUUAGUAUCAUGACUAAGAAGAAAUACUUUCACGACAAUUCUCAGCUUUGACGUCAACUAGAUAUUUUAGCAUGUGUUAUUGGUGUUUCCAUAUAGGCUAAUGCUUAGAUCGUUUGCUUGGUGACAAUGUGCUAUUUUCGUUGCUUAGGUUAACUUUUGUUGAAAAUGUAGCAGAUAAACA